AUCAUCUUGCAUCUCAUUCAGGGACCUACAUGUUACCAUAUUUUAAUCUGAAUCUAAUGGUUAUUGCCGUUCCAAAGUAUACCUAGGCAGGUAAUAAUAUCGUCUCACAACACCAAGUUCUCAGCCUCACCUCACAGGAUAAACGUACACACAAAUCAAUGUUUCUCAGAGAUGUUUAAGAUCGAGAAAAGAUUCUGGCAGAGUUUCAUAAACUCAUUGGAUAGAAAGUGUUAAAGCUCACAAAAUAAUUAGACCCAGAAAUUGAAUUCUUGAAAAUGAGUUCUUCAAAGACAGUUAGGAAGUUGCAGGUGGUGUCCCCAGUCCCAGCAGACAUAGACAUUGCCAACUCAGUUGAGCCUCUCCACAUCUCUGAUAUUGCCAAGGAGCUCAAUUUGAGUCCCAAUCACUAUGAUCUUUAUGGGAAAUACAAGGCCAAGGUUUUGUUAUCUGUGCUUGAUGAGCUUGAAGGAUCUGAAGAUGGGUAUUAUGUGGUGGUUGGAGGGAUUACUCCUACUCCUCUUGGAGAAGGCAAGUCUACUACAACUGUUGGGCUCUGUCAAGCACUCGGUGCUUUUCUUGAUAAAAAGGUUGUUACCUGCCUUCGUCAACCAUCACAAGGACCUACUUUCGGAAUCAAAGGGGGUGCAGCAGGUGGUGGUUACAGUCAAGUGAUCCCAAUGGAUGAGUUCAAUCUUCACCUAACAGGAGACAUCCAUGCAAUAACAGCUGCCAACAAUCUUCUAGCCGCUGCCAUUGAUACCCGGGUUUUUCACGAGUCAACCCAGUCAGACAAGGCUCUCUUAAACCGUUUAUGUCCACCAAACAAAGAAGGAAAACGGAGCUUUAGUGACAUCAUGUUUAGGCGUCUAAGGAAGCUUGGUAUCUCGAAGACCAGGCCCGAGGAUCUUACACCUCAGGAAGUUAAAAAUUUUGCUAGACUUGAUAUUGACCCUGAAUCGAUCACAUGGAGAAGAGUAAUGGAUGUAAAUGACAGGUUCUUGAGGAAGAUUACUGUUGGCCAGGGUCCAGAAGAAAAAGGGAUGGUGAGAGAAACAGGAUUUGAUAUUUCAGUUGCUAGUGAAAUCAUGGCUGUUUUGGCCCUGACAACGUCUCUUGCUGAUAUGAGAGAGAGGCUUGGGAGGAUGGUGAUUGGAAAUAGCAAGGCUGGGGACCCUGUAACUGCAGAUGAUCUUGGAGUUGGAGGUGCUUUGACUGUACUAAUGAAGGACGCUAUUAACCCUACUUUAAUGCAGACUCUUGAGGGAACUCCAGUUCUUGUUCAUGCAGGUCCUUUUGCAAAUAUUGCUCAUGGGAAUUCUUCUAUUGUGGCUGAUAAGAUUGCAUUAAAGCUGGUGGGACCUGGAGGGCUUGUGGUCACAGAAGCAGGUUUCGGUGCUGAUAUCGGAACUGAGAAGUUCAUGAAUAUAAAAUGCCGAUAUAGUCACUUAACACCUCAGUGUGCUGUUAUAGUGGCAACAAUAAGGGCCUUGAAAAUGCAUGGUGGUGGGCCGGAAGUUAUUGCCGGGAAACCACUUGAUCGUGCCUACAUAACUGAAAAUGUGGCUCUUGUUGAAGCAGGUUGUGUGAAUCUCGCCAAGCAUGUUUCAAACACAAAGGCUUACGGUGUGAAUGUCGUUGUUGCUGUGAACAUGUUCUCUACUGAUACUGAGGCAGAACUCAAUGCAGUGAGAAACGCUGCUUUGGUUUCUGGGGCAUAUGAUGCUGUCAUAUGCACUCAUCAUGCCCAUGGUGGAAAAGGAGCGGUUGACCUAGGGAUCGCAGUUCAAAGAGCCUGUGAGAAUGUCACACAACAAUUAAGGUUCUUAUAUCCUUUGGACGUUAGUAUCAAAGAGAAAAUUGAGGCAAUAGCCAGGUCAUAUGGUGCCAGUGGUGUUGCAUACUCUGACCAGGCUGAGAAGCAGAUUGAGAUGUACAGCAGGCAAGGAUUUACAGGUUUGCCAAUCUGCAUGGCGAAAACCCAGUAUUCAUUUUCACACAAUGCUGCCCAGAAAGGUGCACCUAGUGGAUUUGUCUUGCCAAUAAGGGAUGUGAGGGCUAGCAUUGGAGCUGGAUUUAUCUAUCCUUUAGUUGGAACAAUGAGUACAAUGCCAGGGCUUCCAACAAGGCCUUGCUUUUACGACAUUGAUCUUGACACAUCCACUGGAAAGGUUAUUGGUCUCUCUUAAUGCUCUACGAACGUCUUUCCAAUAAUGUGUUGUAUGCAGUCUUGAAUCUUGUCGAGGCAGCCCUUUUCAAAGAUCAUUGGACCACAUCAGAGUUUCAGCCCCCUCCCCAUUCAUCUUCUGGACUUCUGCUGCUGAGCUUUUACCUGUUUUUUCUUUAUGAGCAGGCCAUAUAACCUCAAGUGUGAAAUAAAAAGUUUCUUGUCUAAAAACAGUAGUGUGAAAUAAAAAGUUUCGUUUAUUAUGCUUUCA